AUGGACUCUGCAGAUUUUCAACCGUUCCAGGACAAGCUGUCGUCCGCACUGGUCCAAGUGACGCGGACUGUUGGACAGCUCUCUUCCGAAGACUUGAACUUCCACCGCACCUUCAACGCCGAUGUCUCAGAGUCACUCGAUGAGCAGAGUGAGCGCAUCAUUGCGCUGACUACCGCCGUGCUCAAAGCUGCGACAACCGGUACCGAUAUCGCCGCUCCGACCCUGAACGACGAGGAUUCUGUCGACGACAACUGGCGCGGUGUGGUAGACGUGAUCGACUCGCUUUUGGAAAAAGCCGAUGCUUGUCUAGAUGAGUUUACAGGCGUCAUUAAGAAGUUGAGUCCGUCGGAGGAAGAGCAGGCUCCCGUGAUUGUGAAGAAAGCACCAAACUUCCCAUCGAUUUACGACUACGGCCCGUCCAAGAUUCCCAAGCCACAAUUGGAGUUUGACCGCAAACCUGAUAAUUCUGACCUGGGACCUUUCAAGCCGCUGCUCAAGACCAAACCAAAUGCCAUUGUCCCGCUGGAUCAGUGUUUGAAAACACAGAAGAUCGAUGGCGCAAUCGCUUAUCCUCACCCCUACGCUGCUGAGAUCCGUGCCUCCGAGUAUCCCAAGCCCGUAUAUGAGAUCUCUCCCCCGGUUGACUAUUUACCAUUUGAGAGUACGACAGCUACAUUUGUCGAUACAUUGGAUGGAGUCAAGGAUAUGUUGGAGGAACUGAAGAAAGCGAAGGAAAUUGCUAUUGAUUUGGAACACCACGACGUUCACUCUUACCACGGCCUUGUGUCUCUGAUGCAGAUCAGCACUCGCGAGAAGGAUUGGGUUGUGGAUACUUUGAAGCCCUGGAGAGAAGAGUUGCAGAUGCUCAACGAAGUGUUUACAGACCCCAAGAUCUUAAAGGUCCUUCACGGUGCUACUAUGGAUAUCAUCUGGUUGCAGCGUGAUCUGGGCCUCUAUAUGGUUGGCAUGUUCGAUACUUUCCAUGCUGCAUCUGCGCUCGGUUUCCCCAAGCGGAGCUUGAAGUUCCUCCUGCACAAGUUUGUCAACUUCGAAGCUGAUAAGCGGUAUCAAACUGCUGAUUGGCGAAUUCGCCCACUUCCCACCGAGAUGUUUGACUAUGCACGGUCCGACACACAUUAUCUUCUUUACAUUUACGACUGUCUACGCAACGACCUAAUUGAAAACUCGACCGCCGAAGCGAGCCACAUUGACUACGUUAACGAGCGGUCAAAGGACGAAGCGCUGCAACGGUACGAACGCCCUGUUUACGAUGCCGUGCAUGGACAUGGCCCGGGAGGUUGGUAUGAUCUGCUGUGGCGUAACGCUGGUAACCUCACCAAAGAGCAAUUCGCUGUUUUCAAGGCUGUUCAUCAAUGGCGUGAUGAAGUAGCGCGCGCCGAGGACGAGGGAUGGCAGUGUGUGUUCCCCAAGCACGUUCUUUUCAGGCUCGCCACCGCCAUGCCGCUCGACAUGGGCACCCUGUUCCGCACCCUGUCACCUGUCACUCCCAUUACAGGGGACCGCAAACAUGAGCUCCUGGACCGCAUCAAGGAGGCCAAGGUUGCCGGUGCUACGGGCCCCGAAUGGCGCGAUACGACACCCCCAAAACACGCGAAGAUUGCAGAGGUGACUGACCAGCAAUCUCAACCCGCCGAUCUCCCUAUUGCAAAGCGAUUCGAAAUAUCCCAGUUUUGGGGCGAUAUUUUGGAAAUCCAAGAAACCCCUCUUCCCCCAGCAUAUGCUCUCACUGCCUCGGCAGAGGCUCUUCGCCUCUCUCUUCCGUUGCCAGCCAUGCCGAGAACCGUUUCUGAGACUCGGGAAGCCCUCGGCACGGCCUCCAAACCCGUGGAAGCACCCAAGCCCAAACCCACGCCCGGCCCCGAGGCCGAAGACAAGAAAUACUUCACUGUCAAGGACCUCGGUGGUCCCCGCAAGCGCAAGGUCACCCCCGUCAACGACACCACACAAGCCCUCUCCACCACGGCCGAUCUCGACGACGGCAAUGCCGACUCGACCGAAAAGAAGUCCAAGAAGUCCCGCAAAGAGAAGAAGGAGAAGAAGGCUAAACAGGCACAGACCGCCAACGAGGCCGCCUUCGACUACAACAAUGCCAAUGCCGUUCUCAAUGCCCCCUCUUCCUCCAAAGCAAUGCAACCGAAGAGACGUACUUUCAACCCAUAUGCCAAGGCUAUGGAAGCACCGUCGGGUGCACGCAAGACCAAGCGCGAGACGCCUGGCAAAUCUCUUACUUUCCGAGAUUAA